AUGGUAUCAUUCACAUCCCAAUCUCAAGACAAGAAUGAGAUCCUUCGCGCCCUGUGCGUCAGCGGCAUUAGCUGUGGAGAGUCUUCUGCUAAGGAGAAGAGAUCCAUCCUCCACGGAGGAUUUGGCGGUUACAGCGGAUACAGCAGCGGAGGUUACGGUGGUAUCGGAGGAGGUUAUGGAGGUAGUUACGGCGGCGGUUACAGCAGCGGAUUCGGAAGUGGAAUUGGAGGUGGAUUUGGUGGUCAUGGCUUAGGGAGCGGUAUUGGCAGUGGUUUCGGAGGCGGAAUCGGAGGUGGUUAUGGAGGAUUCGGUGGAUCAGUAGUUACUAUUACUAAGAAAGUAGCCGUUCCAGUACCACAACCCUUCCCAGUCACCGUCACCAAGACAGUACCAGUUCCUUAUGCCGUUAAGGUACCAGUCCACAUCCCGAAACCAUACCCAGUUCCAGUUCCACACCACGUCCCAGUCAAGGUGCCAGUCGUCGUUAAAGUUCCCCAUGCCGUCCCAUACCCAGUCAGCGUACCAAAACCAUACCCAGUCGAAGUAAUCAAGAAGGUAGCAGUCUCUGUACCAACCCCAGUUGUUGUACCAAUCCACACCCACUCUCACACCACUGUUGGAGCCGGUAUCGGAGGUGGUUUCGGAGGAGCCGGUAUCGGAGGAGGUUUCGGUGGUUCCGGAAUCGGAGCGGAGGAAGCAUUGGAGGUGGACACGGUGGAAUCAGCGGAGGAUUCGGUGGGAAUCAGCGGAGGAAGCAUUGGAGGUGGACACGGUGGAAUCAGCGGAGGAAGCAUUGGAGGUGGACACGGUGGAAUCAGCGGAGGAAGCAUUGGAGGUGGACACGGUGGAAUCAGCGGAGGAUUCGGUGGAAUCAGCGGUGGAUUCGGUGGAUACUCCGGCUCCGGUUUCUCUCAAGGUGGAUUCAAGUCCGGUUACGCUUCUGGAUGGAAGUGGUAA